AUGACAGACAAACGCAGUAUCUCCACUAGUCCCAAGGGAGUGGCACCAAAAGCUGCCCGCAUCGCAUCUCCACCGCAGGCAUCAUCCCCUUCACCCCAAUCACCGGCUGAAGAAACAGUCUCCCAAGCCAACGAUCACGAAGAAGCGCCAUCGGAAUUGGAAGUUGACGAUGCAAGCUCUGUGGAAGGCUAUGAGUCCGCCAGCGACCACGGUUCAAGCCUGGCUACGUCGUUAGCUUCCAGCAUCCGGGACUACAACUUUGAGAACAAGCGCCGUUAUCACAAGUACAAAGAAGGCCAGUACCAUUUUCCGAACGACGAACCUGAGCAGGAGCGCGAAAACAUGAAACAUCACAUGAUCGUGGCCCUAUGCGACAACAAGCUUCACAACGCGCCGAUCAAGGAUCCCAAAAAGGUUCUCGAUAUUGGAACGGGCACUGGAAUAUGGGCUAUUGAGAUGGGUGAUACCUAUCCCGAGGCAGACGUUGAGGGCAUUGACUUGAGUCCAAUUCAACCUCCAUUUGUGCCGACGAAUGUGCACUUCACUGUCGAUGAUGUCGAAGCAGAGUGGUUGCAUCCAGAAAGUUCUGUGGAUUACAUCCACCUGCGUCAUAUGUACCCAUCAAUAAAGAACUGGCCGAAGCUCUUAGAACAGGCCUACAGAGCUCUCAAGCCAGGUGGAUGGCUCGAACUCCAAGACAUAGUGCCCGAGUGCAAGUGUGACGACGACACUAUUCCUCCUGGGAGUGAGUAUGCACCUGCGAGAAUGAUGGAACUCAUCAAGGAGGGCGUGGCCACUUUCGGUGUAGAUCUGAGAGCAGGAAAGAGCCACAUGGAACGCAUGGAAAAGGCCGGCUUUCGGAACCUCGUACAUGAUGCGAAGAAGGUGCCAAUCGGCACAUGGCCAAAGGAUGCUCACUUGAAAUCUAUCGGCUCUUACGCUCGUGCGGUGAUUUACGACGGAUUACACGGCAACACCAUCGGCCCACUCACGAGGGGACUUGGCUGGACUCCCAUGGAAGUGGAAGUUUUUCUGAUUCAAUGUCGGAAGGAGAUGAUGGAUGACAGCUUUCACCCCUACAUCUUCUAUCACUCAUACUCGGCUCAGAAGCCUCUGUAG